CCUCAGAUGGCACAGCUCCUUCGCCAUUCCUCGAUCCACAGCGCUGACAGCAAUGCCUGUAACACACAUCCAGGGCAGCAAGAGCGCUUUUGCAUGCAAGUACCAGACCUGUUCUCCUUAAAAACAACCUAGAAUAGCUGCAAGCAAAUGUCUCAACAGGAUUUUUUUAUGUUCACGGCUGCAGCGAGUGUUCGUUUUUGAGCUGCUCUCGGUGGAACGCAGGGAUUACACACAGCCGGAAUCCUGCCCGGUCCCGCCCCGCCGCUAUGGCGGCUCGUCCGCUCGGGAGGAUGCUCGGGAUCCGCCGCCUGCUCCUCCCGCUGCGCUCCGCGCCGAGCGCCGGCUGCGCCCGCGCCGCGCACAGGGACACAGACACAGACCCCCUCACUAAACAAGCUGAAGCAGCUGCUGCUACAGACUGGAAAAAAAAAUUGACUCCGGAGCAAUUCUAUGUUACACGAGAAAAAGGAACUGAACCGCCAUUCAGUGGGAUCUAUCUGAAUAACACAGAACCAGGAAUAUACUGCUGUGUGUGCUGCAAUGCCCCCCUCUUCAGCUCAGAGAAGAAGUACGAUUCUGGGACUGGGUGGCCAUCUUUUUCUGAGGCUUAUGGUACUCGUGGCAGAGAUGAAAGUAAUACCAAUAUUGUGAGACGGCAAGAUAACUCACUGGGGUCAAGAAGAACUGAAGUUGUCUGCAAACAGUGUGAUGCCCAUCUAGGCCAUGUGUUUGAUGAUGGACCCACACCUUCUGGGCAGAGGUUCUGUAUCAACAGCAUUUCAUUAAACUUCAAACCAGGUUCUGGUCAGUGAGAAGUGACUUCCUCUGGCUUGCAGAACAUUCUUUCUCUGCUCCUACAGCAUGCUUGUAGAAAACUCUCAUGCUUUUAACAUAGAACUCAAAUUUUAGUAUUUAUGCUGUAGUAGCUUUGUUUUCCAGCUGUUAUCAUUGUUGAUAAAAUACAUAUUUUUGUUUUAACUCUUUGGCAGUCUGUCUUUUCAUGGUUAGUGUGGUGUGUUGAUCUGCUUAUUGUAUAUUUUAAUUAAAAAAAAAAAUCUGUGCAAUAGUUCACAUUUGCAGCUAUCAUCAUUAAUUGUAUUGAGGCUGCUGAAAUGAGGUGCUCUCCUGAACCUGACUGCUUAUUCUGAGCAGUAGUUGUGGCACUCAGGAACACAGAUGUACAUGGCUGAUCAUGGUAAACUUAUACUUCUAUAAAAUCAUCAUAUCCUUCUAAAGGGAAGCAAAAAUAACAUGAAUCUUCAAAUAAGGUCGGAGGGUUUUUUUCCCCCUGAUGUGAGAGACCCUUAGCUGAGCCAAGUGACUUUGCUGUGAACCCAUAAAAGCAAAGUCCUGAAGGAGGACCUAAUUAAAACUGUUUUAGGCAAUGGAACCAGUGGAGACAUGAAGUCUUUCUUCUUUUAAAUCAAUUAUUUUGAUUCUGUAUCCAAUAGCAGAGUAGAAAUAGGGUUUGCUCCAGAAACUUCUCUUACAGCAAUUAUAUGAUAAUAAUGUAAUGAUAUGUAUAAUAUUUUCAGUUUUCUGUUAUCACUUGUGUAUUUCAGAAUCCAAAAAUAAAAAUCAAUAUGGAGUUUACUGUAUUUGGGGGAAAUAAAUCGUCAUUAAAAAAACAGGCUUGGUAAAGUGUUGCUUUUGAUGCCUUGUCUGUUCUUCCAUGUACAAGUUUGUAAAUACUUCUGCAUUCUCCCAAACACUGUCAUUAUGGUUUGCCCUAAAAGCGAAAUAAAUCCUAUGUCUGUUAAAUUGAGCUUUCCUUCCUUCAGAAUUUUUUCCAGAGAAAAUAAUCUGUGACUCAGAACAUCAGCUCCACUAAACUGGCUGGGUUUAAAUGCUUCCCUGCUGAGAGUUACUAGGCAACAUCUCAUUUGGCUUUACCUAUAACAGCCUGUUUCCACUCUCCCCACUUUGGUUGCCUCAGUGAUAAAAAGGGUGUGUUCAUUUACUAGUGUAGUCUUAAAGCUGUUUAAUGUAUUCAGAAAAUUAGACCUCCACUGCACGGAAUUUAUUUCUGCUCCUUCCAUCUUGGAGCUCUGUGGUUUUUCAUUCUCCUCUGCUUUCUACAGGGGAACUCUGCAAUUCCCUGACAUCAUAACUCUCCAAAUCCAAAAACAUCAUAGAAACAAUGAUCACUACAGCCAACCUAAACCAGAAUGGCACAAAGCCCACCAGGUGUGGAGGUGUGAAGCAGCAUGAGUGAAGGCAGCACUUGGUGCUACUGAUUUUAUGCAGUGUCUCAGCUGGUGCCAGUCCCAUUGCCAUCAGAGGUGUCUGUUAACAGCACUAACACUGCUUGCUGUGCCUGUGCUGCAUCAUGCUCUGCCUCUCAGAGCAGAUGCAUCACCCACUGUAUUUUCUGUCUGCUCUGGCCAGGCUGUGCGCGCCCAGCCUGCUCAGGUCUCUGCUCUCAAGGGUCUUCACAGGUUGUACAGAAAUCAGUCUUUGCUCCAUCUGAAUUCACGUGCCCCCUUAUCCUGAUAUACGUUCACCCACUUUUUGUAUGUUUCUUUGUCUUAAAAUCUAUUGCACAGCAACUGAAAAGGUUAUUUGACCUCUAAAGGCAUUCUUUAGUCAGGCAGCCUUCUCUCCUCUCCUUGUGUUUCCUAACAGGAGAGGGUUCUCUCAUAAAAAGGGAAAAAAGAGUGCCAUUUGGCUGGGAUACCAAUGGAAAUGCUCCUCAUUUCUGCAAGUGGCCUAAAGUAGAACAGAACUGGCAAAAUACCUGUUUUUUUCCUGUCCCUAGAGAUUCCAGGUCUCACUGACAACUUUUACAGAUGAAAGUGCCAUGCAAACAAAACAGACCGUGAAGCUGAUGAAACGUCAGCUGUGGUUUGCACAGACCUACGUGCAAACCACACUCAGUUUAGUACCUUGGAUGGGUGGACAUGGUUGGUGGAGACCAGCUCUUAGUAAACUGGCAAGUUAGUACCUCUCCUCACAGAGGGAGCUUGCCAGAGCAGAGAGCACAUUUAUUUCACACCUACAAAGAUCAUUGUAUGCUAACCCCUGUUUGGGGUUAGCAGCAGCUGGUGCCUCCUCACUCAUGGAGCAGGGUGACCUGAGGAAGGAGUCCUGGAAGGCCUCAGUUCAGCUUGUGCAGUGUUACUGGUACAUAAUCACAUGAACAGAUCCACAGGUCCAAGAGCAGCACCUGCCCUGCACUACCCUGGUAUGUCACCAAGCAAACACAGCGAGGCCCCCACUGAGGGGGAGGCAGACACUGAGAUAAGCAGCCUUGUUCUGCUUCAUGUCAAACAGGGGAAAAGGGGAAAAACUGACCACAUGUGUGAAAUCAGAGCAAUGGUACAUCACCUUUCAGUGCAAUGUAAACUUAUGGACACUUGGGAUCUCUGACCAAAAGCUCUUUGGGGCAGUGCACUUCAUUAUCUUCUGUGUCUGUGGUACCAACCACACCAGGACAGAUCCAACUA